AUGGAGGAGAAGGAGGAGGAGAAGGAGGAGAUGGAGGAGAAGGAGGAAGAGGAAGAGGAGAAGGAAGAGAAGGAGAAGGAGAAGAAGGAGGAGGAGAAGGAGGAGGAGGAAGAGGAGGAGGAAGAGGAGGAAGAGGAGGAGGAGGGGCACGGUGAAGCCUGGGGCUGCUCUACCCCUCCGCCAGGCCUCCCCUGCUCAUCCUCCCCCUUCCACUCAUAUAUAAACCCAUUCACUCCAUUGUACCAUCAGCCCGAGACGAGAUUUCACUCGAGAAGGCUCCUUGAAACAAUGUUCGAAGAGAAACUCCUUGUCGGUGUGGCGUGUGGCGCGUCGGCGAUUGCCGUCGCCACAGUGCUUCUCGUGAUCCCCGCUCUUUACAAUGAGAUCAAUUUGGUUCAUGACGAGGUACUCGAUGGAGUCGGUGUUUUCCGUGUGGAGACCGACUCAGCAUGGAAAGAGUUGAUGGAUGUGCAAAUUGUCGUCACUCCACCAUCGAAACCCCGCGAGAAUCCAUUUAACUCGAUUUUCCGUCAGAAGAGACAAAACUUUGCUGGCCUCCCCGCGUGGUGUCAAUGUGAGCCGAAGAAACCGCAAUGCCCACCAGGACCUCCAGGACCAGCCGGACAACCUGGACAACCCGGUAUGCCUGGACAGCCUGGACCUCCUGGCCCAGACAGCUAUGUCACUUAUGCACCAAUCACUUGUGCUCCAUUGGACACAUCGUGCAUUCAAUGCCCACAAGGACCCCCUGGAGCUCCUGGACAAGAUGGAUACAUGGGACCACCCGGACAACCCGGACAACCUGGCCAGCCUGGAGAACGUGGAAACGAUGGCCAACCCGGACAACAAGGCCCAGCCGGUGACAAUGGAAGAGCUGGACAACCUGGACAACCUGGAGGACCCGGACAGCCUGGAAGAGAUGGAGUCAAGAAGAUCUGCCAACCUGGACAACCUGGAAGACCUGGACAACCUGGCCAACAAGGACAACCCGGCGGCCCUGGACAGAACGGACAACCUGGAAACCAAGGCCCACAAGGACCCGAGGGACCAUCCGGUGCACCCGGACAAUCAGGAAGCCCUGGAGGACCUGGAGGACCUGGAGGCCAAGGAUUGCCUGGAACCGAUGCUGCAUAUUGCCCAUGUCCCCCAAGGUCUUCAGCCGCUACCUCAUACAGUCAACGCGGUGGCUACAGACUUCGACGUGUUCGCCUUCAU